AUAUAAAUGAGCAACCAUCUUUAAGCCUUUAUAUUCAUCUUUGUUGAGACAACGCUGCUGGGAGAAGAUGGCUUCAUUUCCUGCUGGUCCUGAUUUGAGAAUCGUGCUGAUUGGAAAAACUGGUGUGGGCAAGAGUGCUGUUGGAAACACCAUUCUGGGAGAAAAAUCUUUCAAAUCCUGUCCCAUUUCAGAGUCAGUGACUGAGACCUGUGAGAAAGGUGUGACACGCUGGGGUAACAGAGUGGUUAGUGUGGUAGACACACCAGGGAUCCUGGACACUAAGAUAUCCCAAGAAUUCAUCAAAAGAGAAAUUGUGAAAUGUGUGGAAGUCUCAUGUCCUGGUCCUCAUGUGUUCCUGCUGGUACUCCAAAUCGGUCGAUUCACCAACGAAGAGAAAAAUUCUGUGGAAGCCCUGCAAGCGCUGUUUGGUACUAAAGCUAACCAGUACAUGAUCGUGCUGUUUACCCGUGGUGGUGAUCUUGGAGACAUGACCAUACAAGAGUAUGUGCGUGAUGGCCAGCCAGACCUUCGACGAGUCAUCCAAAGCUGUGGUAACAGGUACCAUGUCUUUGACAACAACAGUAAAGACAGAAGUCAAGUGGUGGAGCUGGUUAAGAAGAUCGAUGACAUGGUUGCAAGAAAUGGGGGGGCAUGCUACACAGAUGCCAUGUAUCAAGAAGUGCAUCGACAAAAGGAAAGUGGAGGUACUCCCUCAUACAGCUUCCUCGCUGCACUGAUGCUCCGUAUUGGAGAAUUUCUAUUUAUUCUUGCUCGUCGCUAAAUGACCAUAAUCAGUAGCCUAAACAUAUCAUCAAUAUCCAGUUAAAACAAGACAGCUUCUGUACACAUAUGUGAACAUAUGGAAUACAUUUUAAAAUCUUUGACUGACACACACA